AUGUGGAUUAUCUCGACACUUUGUGUUGGCUUGAGAUUCUACUCCAAGACGUGGAAGCGACAAGGCUACAUCACGGCCGACUGGCUGAUCGUGGUGGCUGCGGUUUUCGCAACCGGAAUGACCGUGAUGGAGAUCUAUGGCGUGAAGGAACACGCCUUGGGAUAUCCACUGGGCGCAUCGAUCGAAGACGCCAAGGCAGUCAACGGACGUCUGAACAAGGCCAAACAUACUUUUGCUUCGAUCGAACUCUCGUUCCUGCUCCUCGGUAUCGCCACUCUCCGCUUAAUCAAGCUAUCCGUGUGCUUCCUAUUCUGGCACCUCUUCGCCCGCGUGGUGUUUCGUCGUUUCCUCAUGGUCUGGAUUGCCAUCAUUGUUGCGUGGACUCUGUCCUUUGUCCUCGGCGGCCUGCUAAAGUGCGGCUCCCAUCUCAAGGCUCUGUUCGGACUGGCGCAAGAGUAUCUGGAUCACUGCGGGAGCGCGAUUCCCACCGGAUAUGCAAUGGUGGGCAGUGAUGUUGCCACGGACUUAAUCACGCUGCUCAUCCCAAUCCCCGUGAUCUACAGCAUGAAGAUGGACAAGCGUGCCAGGUUCUUGACGCUGUUGACCUUUAUGAUCGGUGCCCUGUCUGUGGGUGCGUUCGUGGCCAAAGCCUACAUUUACAUCAAGGCAAGCUUGCGUCUGUGGACGUCCGAUGCCGUCUCCAUGCUCACCGGUCUCUCCAUCUCGAACCUGGCUGAGGUCCAUGUCGGUAUCAUUGCUGCAUGCGGCCCUACGCUGCGACCAAUCCUGGCACGCAUCAUACCAACCGAGAGUCUCAUGUCUCUCAUGUCCCUUUUGGGAGUAAGCUCAAACACGUCUAAGCAGAACGAGCUCCCCAGCUUUGUCAAGAUGCCGGAUGCCGACAGUGCCGAGCAGUUGCAGCCCGGGGCGGAGAAGGUUGGAUCCAAGGGUGCUGAUGGGCCUCAUGGAGUUCGGCAGUACGAGAUGGAAUCAUGGAACGAUGCCGAGUCUGAGAGACAUGGUCAGAACAAUGUCUGAGGAAGGGAUUUUGUGAUUAAACAGUUGUCGGGGAGAUUGAGAAAUUGGUCCGAUGAGAGGCAGCGUUCGUCUUCGUCUUUGCUUUUGAUUGAUUGGUCCUCGGGCACUGGUUUACGAGCGGAUGCCAGAUGGGGACAUGUAAAUUGGGAUGACAUGGGA